AUGGUGACCUCUGCAACGCUCGGCAUGCGCGGCGCGCUCUGUGCAGCACAUGCAGGCCCAGUGCGCGAGCGCAUCAAGAUCAAGAAGGGCAUUUUUCGGCUGGCGCAUUUUAUGACCACGGCCGCGCGGCGGCGAAGCAACCCGUUUCCGCGCUCCCGCUCCUCCCUUCUUCACCGCCGCAGAACCAGUCUCGCACAGACCCGCGAUCUGACGGAGAUCUUCACAGACAAGUUGAUCCAGCCGUGGGACUGCUGGCUUGUGGAGAUAUUCCAGAACGGCGGCGCGUUCGCACAGGUGAACGUUAUCCUUGGCUCGGCCAUGCAACGCUCGACAUUAUCGGCUGGCCGCGCGAGCUUCGGGUAUAACUUCGGCGCUCGACCUGGCGAGAGAUCUGCAGGUCGGAUGCUGGAACAAGGGCGGCAGCCAGAUACCGCAGGUGCCCGCCCUGCCCCGCCCGGGCGAACGCCGGUGGCUGAUGGCCGCGUGCUCAAGCUUGCUGUUCCCCCCACUGGGUCGAUCCUGGCUCUACGGGCGCGGAACGCGAGCCAGCGCCGACUGAAUGCCGUUGCGCGCCGCUCGCACUCUCCGGACAGCUUCGUCUGGACACACGGAUGGACGCGCUGCACGGCCCAGAGCCAAAACCAGCGCACGCACACACCCAACAGCGCACGCCCGCACCACGCCGCGCUGCACAAUGACGCCGCAGCCGAAAGACACCAUCGACUUCAGCCAGCCGCUCGCGACGGACAAGGUGUACACCUGCGAGGGACCCUCGCGCUUUAA